AUGAACCACCACGAUCAACACCCAGAACCGCAGUCGCCGCCGCGAUCUCCCAUCAUUCACCACACCACCACCGCCCAAAUUCUCAAACAGAGCACCUCCAUCUUCUUCUCCAACUUCCUCACCUUCCUCUUCCUCUCCUGCCUCCUCCUGACAUUUCGCUCCAACGUCCACAGCACCUCUCACUAUCUUUCUACCUUCAUCGACCAUGAUUCCUCCUUAAAAUCCCUCCUAUCCCGCCUCGAUUUCUCCACUGCUCAAAUACAUCAGCAGCCCAAUCAUCUCCGCCACCGCCGUCGCCGCGCCUUCCUCCACCUUUCUCGUAUUGGCACCCUUGAUGACGAUUUUUUCUCCGGUGAUUCUGAUUUAGACCGCUCCCUGUUCCAUCCUUCCAAAAAACCUCUUCUGAAUGCGACUUUCUUGAUUCUUUCGAACCUGAACCCUAGUUCUGGCUUCUCCCAUCCCGUCAUCGACCAUGGAAUCCCCUUACCGCAAACAAUCCGACCCGGUGCUGUCAGUUUCAAACCUAGAAUUCCGAAUAACAACAACUUUCUUGAAGAAGACGAGGAAAAAAAGGUCAAGGGGAGCAAUUUGGAUGAUGGUAAUACAGUGGUCGAUUUGCCUUUACUGAUAAAGGGUCUUGAACUGGGCCAUGGUGAUGUGACUUCAUUUUUCUUUUUAGUGGGCAUAUUAUCCGCAGCCUAUGCAUAUGUAGUAUUGGCAUUUAUAGUUACCUUCACAUGGGUACAUGGAAUUGUUUUCCUUCAGGUGGUGGAUCACUUGUUGGGGAAUUACAGGUCUUUUUUCCGGACAGUAUGGGAAGGUUCGAGUGUUGGGCUCAAAAGGCUUUCGGGGUUCAUUCUCAUGAAAUGGGCUGUGAGGGAUGCACUGGCUCAGUUCAUUGGUAUUUACCUUUUUGGAGAAAUUGAGGAUCAAUACAUGUUUUUUAAGGUUUUCUUGAGGAUGAAAUUUAUGCCUUUUGCCAAUGUGGCUCCAUGGGUUAAAGGACACGAGUGGGAAAGUGCUGGGUUUAUUGUGGUAUGGUUCUUGUGUGACUUGAUGGUGGGGUUUAUAUUUGCGGUGGAUUCAUGGGUUGUGAUUGUGGACCCGAGGAGGGGUGGGAGAGAGAUUGUAAAAGAAGGUUGUCAUAUGUUAGCGGCAUUGUUUUGCCCAGCUUUUGAGAUAAGGUGGUUGGAAGCAAUAAUUUGCGGAUCACCUGGGAGGUGGAUAUUGAGGAGGAUUUUUGGAGACCUUUUCACAUUGGCUUUCCAGUCUGUGAUGGAGGUUUAUUUUAUGGUGGCUUGGCUAAUUUUUUACUUUGCUGCAAGGCAUAAGGAUGAUGCAUCACUUGGGAGGACAUUUGGGCGUAGAGAAUUGGAAGGCUUUCUUCAGAUUGUCAGAUAG